CUGGAAUAAUUGGAUUUAAAAAACAAACAUAUUUGAUUACAAAGAAGUCAAUGGAUUUUCAGAUUCAGACAACUCUGUGGGGAAACUUGGUUUGCAGUGGCUGUCAUGACAAAUCACAGCAUACAAGGAGAAAUACUUUUUUAAAUGUUCACACAGUUAAAAAGUACAGUUUAGAAUAUUUCAUCUUUCAAGAAUAGAGUCAUAGUAUUAAAAAAGUCCUGAUUCUACGAGAAUAAAGACAGAAUAUUAUCACAGAAUGCAGACAUAACCAGCGAUAGUCUGCAGUUGAACACUAGCAGCCAUUUCCUCCUCCAGUCCACAAAAGAGAUGAUUUAGUCCAGGUCUGUGUUUGUGAUUCUUUCUUCCAAACAGACUCAGUUUCCUGUGCAAUCUUUUCAAAAGUCCUGAUGCUGAAGAUUAUUUGGUGCUGAUGUGAGAAAUAAUAUGAAGUAUUUCUUUAUUUGUGAAGCCCCUUAAAAUGUAACUUCACAUAAGUUCCUCAUCUUUAUGCAGUGGAUCGUCUGAGAUUUUGCUUGAAUAAUAAUUACGACUUGAAAUAUUAUAUAUUCAGUUUGGCCCGAAAACUCCGUUGUAAAAAGCAACCAAAUAAAUAGGCAUCAAUUUGUUUUAGAUGCUUAAACUCUAUUGGUUUGACUGAAUUAUUCAUUACUUUUAAAAUAAUCCUCACACCUCCAUACACAUUAAAAACAACAGGAGUUGUUGAGACUAAAGUGCUUAACAAAGUACACAUUUCUACACACUACACACAUGUCUGUGCGAUACAACCAGGCUGCAUCAGGAUUAAAGGCAAGAUUGAAAAUGUAAAAGAAAAGGAAUGGUUUCAGAGUCAACAAUCUCCUGCACUCAUUUAAGAGUCAAAGAACUUUCCUGCUGGGGCUGGUGGUGACUGUGGUAAUGGGUGAUCAAGCUGCAUGUUGCAAUUGAGCUCUCCGCAGAUGUUGUGAUGUCCCAAACCCGAGCGAGCGAGCUAUAUUUACAAAUGAGUUGCUGCUUGGCUACGGGACGUGUGUCCUAUCACUGAGGCCACAUGUGUAUCUGGAGAGAUGGAUCGCUGUAAGCACGUGGGACGCCUGCGUCUGGGCCACGAUCAUUCUAUCCUCAAUCCUCAAAAAUGGCACUGUGUGGACUGCAGCACCACCGAUUCAGUGUGGGCCUGCCUCAAGUGCUCCCACGUGGCCUGUGGACGUUUCAUGGAGGAGCACUCGCUCAAACACUUUCAGGAGUCACAACACCCACUGGCUAUGGAGGUGCGUGAGCUGGAUGUCUUCUGCUUUGCCUGUGGAGACUAUGUACUCAAUGACAACGCAGAAGGAGACCUCAAACUCCUCCGAGGGGCGCUCUCUACUGUUCGCAGCCCAGGUAGACGCUCGCUACGUUCCUCAACUGGAGGGGAAUGUACCAGCUGGGUCGGGGAAGGUGGGUCGCAGCCCGCCAUGCAGCUGGCUUUACGUCACAGGAGGAAAGCGCUCCUUGGGAAGAUGUUCCGGAUAUGGAUCGACAAAAAUCAGGAGCUGCAGAAUCAACGCAAGGAGAAACUUGAGGAAGCUAGAAGACAAAAGAAAGAGGUGAAAAGAAGACUCAUGGAAGAGCUUGGCAACGUACCUCCCAGAAAGAGUGCUAGGCUUCUUACUCAGGCGCCACGUUCCAUGAUUACACUCAUUCCUCGCAAAUUUCGCGACCCUCCAGACCGCCUACCUCCUCCUCUUCCUCCCAAGAAGCCUUCCAUUCUAACUCUGUCCCGUAAGGCUCCUCAGAAUGGCAGAGCUGCUAAACUGAGGAGAUACUACUCCAAACAUACCACAACCCGCCGGAGACCCGCUCCGGGUGUCACUGGUCUGCGCAACUUGGGGAACACGUGCUACAUGAACUCAAUAUUGCAGGUGCUGAGCCACCUGCAGAAAUUCAGGGAGUGUUUUCUCACUUUGGACCUGUGUGAGACUGAGGAGCUCCUGGCCAAGACCAAUCACUCCCAGGGGAUGAAGGGGGUCACAGGAGGCGUCGUCAGCAGUGGUAACACGGCGCUGUCAGGAUGCCCGCUUGGACGCGUGGGGAAGGCAGGCUGUUGGAAUUUGCCCGUGGGCAAAAAAGAAAGCACUCCGCCUUCCCCGCAGGCUGCAGAGUUGGUCCAGCCCAAGGAGCCUCGCUGCUCCACCCGCCAGCAGAUGUCUCUGUGCCAUGAGUUGCAUACACUUUUCAGGGUCAUGUGGUCAGGGCGGUGGUCUCUGGUAUCUCCCUUCGCCAUGCUUCACUCCGUGUGGAACCUCAUCCCAGCUUUCCGUGGCUAUGACCAGCAGGACGCCCAGGAGUUCCUCUGUGAACUGCUGGACAAGGUGCAGCAGGAGCUGGACACGGAGGGGUCCAAACGCAGGAUAGUCAUUCCCAUCACCAAGAGGAAACUGUCUAAGCAAGUGCUAAAGGUUCUGAACACCAUCUUUCAUGGGCAGCUACUCAGCCAGGUGACAUGUCUGUCCUGCAAGCACAAGUCGAACACAGUAGAGCCAUUCUGGGAUCUGUCCUUGGAGUUUCCAGAGCGAUAUCACAGCGUAGACAAAGCUUCGGGCUCGUCGGCUUACCAGCGCAGCUGCACCCUCACUGAGAUGCUCUCCAAGUUUACAGAGAUGGAGGCUCUUGAAGGCAGCAUCUAUGCCUGCAACCACUGCAACAGAAGAAGACGGAAAUCAUCCCACAAACCCUUAGUUCUGUCAGAGGCGUGUAAGCAGCUUCUGAUCUACCGCUUACCUCAGGUUCUACGGCUGCACCUCAAACGCUUCAGAUGGUCGGGGCGGAACCAUAGGGAGAAAAUCGGCGUCCACGUGGCCUUUGACCAGGUUCUGAACAUCAAACCGUACUGCUGUACAGGCUCAGGUCACUCUGUCCACAGAGGAGGCUACACCUAUGAUCUGUCUGCUGUCGUCAUGCAUCAUGGUAAAGGCUUUGGCUCAGGGCAUUACACCGCAUACUGCUACAACACAGAAGGAGGUUUUUGGGUCCACUGUAACGACUCUGACAUGAAGGUUUGCAGUGUGGAGGAAGUGUGCAACACUCAGGCCUAUAUUCUCUUCUAUACCCAGAGGUCCGCGUAGGCACCUCUCGCUGUGAUGUCGACCUGCAUACGGCAGCGUAGGGCUGCAUUUAUUAAAAUGUUCGCUGAUGUUUUCCCAGAUGUCAUUGCACACAAUCACCUUAAACUGAUUUAUCUAAAAAAAGAUAAGAAUGAGGGCAGUAGGACAGCCGCCGCCACCAUCGCGAGUCGAGGUGAACAUUUUAGCAGCGUAACCGAGAAGAGAGAGAUGGAAAUAAACGGUGUCCUGCUGUAAA